GAUCAACAAAACCCAGUUUUUGAAUUUGUUUUUUCUCUUUUCAAAUUACUCUGUUUUGAGAUCUCUGUUUUGUAAGGCUUCGUAGAAUUAUGUCUUUGAGAUCGGAAUCUUCAACGGCAGAGAAGAUAACAGAGGAUCCGGUGACGUAUAAGACGGCACAAAGCAGUGUGACGUGCAUCUACCAAGCACACAUGGUUGGAUUCUGGAGAAACGUUAGGGUUCUUUGGUCUAAAAAUCUCAUGAACCAUUCCUUAACCGUGAUGGUCACUAGCGUACAAGGCGAUAUGAAUUACUGUUGCAAGGUUGAUCUUAAGCCAUGGCACUUUUGGAACAAGAAAGGAUACAAAUCGUUUGAGGUCGAAGGAAACCAAGUAGAUGUGUAUUGGGAUUUUAGGUCUGCUAAAUUCAACGGCGGGCCUGAGCCGAGCUCGGAUUUUUACGUGGCGCUUGUAUCGGAGGAGGAGGUUGUUUUGUUGUUGGGUGAUCACAAGAAGAAAGCUUUUAAGAGAACUAAAUCUAGACCUUCUUUGGUUGACGCUGCCUUGUUCUACAAGAAAGAGAAUGUGUUUGGGAAGAAGAGUUUUUCGACUAGGGCUAAGUUCCAUGAUAGGAAGAGAGAGCAUGAGAUCGUUGUGGAGAGCUCCAUGGUGGCGAAGGAACCAGAGAUGUGGAUUAGCGUAGAUGGGAUCGUUUUGGUUCAGGUGAGAAAUCUGCAGUGGAAAUUCAGAGGGAAUCAGACGGUUUUGGUUGAUAAAGAACCUGUUCAGGUGUUUUGGGAUGUGUAUGAUUGGUUGUUCAGCACGCCCGGUACAGGUCACGGCUUGUUCAUCUUUAAACCGGAGAGCGGUGAAAGCGAAACGAGCAAUGGAACCAAAGAUAGUAGUGUUUCUUCUUCGUCUGAUUUUUGUCUAUUCCUUUAUGCUUGGAAAUUGGAGUAAGUCUAAAUGUUUUCAAUCCAAAAGCUUGCAUUCUUUUUUUACCUGACUGUAAAUUUACAUUCAACAUCAAUCUUAGUGUGUGACCGACUCUUGAUAAUUUGAGUAGUCAAAUUCACCAAGACGUGUAAAGGGCUUGUUCUCUGAGACAGGCUGUUUUCCCCCCACGACUGAUUACUGCCGUUUGUGUGUGCUUAACACUGACCUAGACCUUUUCUUAACCAACUCGGAAGAAGAUUUGAUUAAGAUGAAAAUAUUGUAUGAUUGCUUCGCUUUAGAAUCUUUGUGUAAACACAAAAAUUCUUGUCAGCGUGAGAUUAUUUACAUGUUUUUAUCUGAGUGCAUUCUAUUACUACUUGAAUGGCUCUGCUCAACAUAGUAGACUCAGCGAUUGUCAAAAGAAAACCGUUAAGGAAACAUUGCGAUAAAUGAAGACUUUCCUG